CAGAAGUCUCGCUUCGACGAUAACACAACCAACCCAAGCAAAAUGAUGAAAUUCUUCGCCGUCGUCCUGUGCGCUCUGUUCGCCGCCGCUGCUGCCAGCCCCGGUCUGUUGGCCUACAACGCCCCCCUGGCCUACUCCACGCCCCUGGCCUACAGCGCCGUGCCAGCUGCCGCCCCCCUCGCCUACACCGCCGCCUACACCUCUGCCUACGCCCCCUACGUCGCCCCCUAUGCCAGCAGCUACAGCGCCCACAGUGUGGCCCACAGUGCCGCCUUGCCAGCCGUUUAUGCCGCCGCCCCGGUGGCCACCAUCCUGAAGAAGUAAGCUGUUCCAGGAUGCCGAAUGGAUUCUGCAAGUAUGCCGCACGUGUCCACCAGACGUCGUCACUGUCGCAGUUACAGAUACAAACCGAGAUGGAGAUGGAGAUACACGCUCGGAGGCAAAUACAAAUAAAAACGCAAUGCAUCAGGCCCACGCACUGACCAACUGAGAACUGAAACGAGUUUUAUUCCUUCCGUUUUAAACUAAUCUUGCAGUGGGCAGUGGGAAUUGAGCUGCAAGGAAACUA